AGUCAGGCGAGGGAAAGAGCAGCUGGAGUUCUACACUUCGCCCUCUUCUCCUCGAAAAGCAUACUUAAUGUAAUAACAACAGUCCACACGUUUUUGUAAACACUUAUGUUGUCUUAUUCAUACAGGUUCAUCAUCGGCCAUCGUCAGGUAUGCAGGGAGGCUCACAGUAUUAGUUCAGUGUUCGCUCUAUUCAGAAAACUGUGAAAAGGAGAAAGACGCGGAAAAGAAGGAAAAGUCUGGGAGAGCGGUUUUGGAGUUGGUGUCUCACAGGCAACUCCAGAGCGCGAGAGGCACAUCUGCAACAAGCGAAAAAAUACUUCACUUAAGAGAAGAAGACAGAACAUAUCAAGAAUUAUUGGAGGGAAACAUCCUUCGAACACGUGUCCUGUCUCCAUGACGUGCUGAGGAAUGAACAGUCGUCAUGGAAACCCAGUCCCAGGCCAGUUCUGCAGCUGAGAAGAAGAAGAGGGUGGAGACCAUCGUGGCGACCAAGGGCUCGUCGGCGCGCACCGACAUCAGCGAGAAGGCUGUGGCCUCUAGCACUACGUCAAACGAGGAUGAGAGCUCGGGCACGCCGUACCACCACCACCACCACCACCACCACCACCGUGAGAGGCGCAAUGCCAUCAGCACCCAGGCCCCCACACCCGGGCCCCCUGGCAGCAAGCUGGGUGAAGAGCCCUCCACCUCCACAGAAGAGCGCCCACCGUUGGUAAAGAAAGAGUUGCACAGCUCGCUGCCCCACCUGGUCGACCACGGCCUCCCGUACCGCGGCACGCUGUUCGCCAUGGACCCUCGCAACGGAUACCUGGACUCCCACUACGGUGAGUACAGACAACGGACCUCCGUUUAUAGAGGAGGGGUUGGAUAGGAUGUUCCAUUUGAUUGUUAGAGAAUGUUUGUGAGGCCAAAAGUAGUGGGUACUCGCUUAGUUUGUGUCAGCGGGGCUUUUGGUCAUCAGACAACUUGAAUUGUCUCAGUGAGUUACUGAAUAGAUUGAUGGAUAAUUACACGUAAAAAAA